AGGACCAAGUCGAAGGGCAAGCAGCCACCCAUCUACCGGGUUCUCCUGCACAAUGACAAUGUGAAUCGGCGAGAUUAUGUGGUCAAAGUGCUCAUGCGCGUGAUAGACGGGUACACUAUGGAGGAUGCCGUCAAUGUCAUGCAGGAAGCACACAUGAAUGGGCUCGCACUCGUGACGGCAUGCGCUCAGGAAACUGCGGAAGAAUACUGUGAGCAGCUGAGGGGAGCGGGGCUGAUCGCCAGUCUGGAGCCGGAUGGGGGAGGCGGCGGAUCAUCCUGA